CGUGCGAGUAAACGAGUAGAGUAUCGGAAUCGCGAAAAGGAUUACUCCCGCACCGAGCAAGGAAGGUGCGUGUGUGCACGUUUGUGUGUGUGUGUGUGUGCCUUAACAAGGUGUGACAAGCGACAAGAACAAGCGAAGUGUGCAAAAUUUAUGCAAACACCCAAACACAAACCCCCGGUUGAUAAAGUUCAAACACCGCACAGUACCGUCACUGCUAAAUAUUAUCCUUCGCCAAAAGACAGGAGAAGGGCUUUUACGUGUAAGUGAACGAAUCGGUACUAAAAUUAAAGGAGUAUAGUACGAUUAGAGAUAGUGAAGCACGCAACUUCAGUGGUAAAAAGUGUUCCAAAACAUCGCACAGUAUGAAUACGGAGGAGUUUCGGAAGUACGGGAAACAGAUGAUCGACUACAUCUGCGACUACGGGCAGACGAUCGAUACGCGAGAUGUCGCCCCAACGGUGGAUCCUGGUUUCCUGCGUCAACUAUUGCCAGACGAAGCGCCGCAGAAGGGUGAAGAUUUCAAGCGUAUGCUGGAUGACGUCGAGACGAAGAUCAUGCCCAAUAUGGUGCACUGGAAUCAUCCGCGCUUUUUCGCCUACUUCCCGGCCGGCAACUCGUAUCCUUCGAUUCUCGGUGACAUGCUGAGCAGUGCCAUCGGGUCAAUAGGGUUCUCGUGGGCAUCCAGUCCGGCCGCAACCGAGCUCGAAACGAUCGUCCUCGAUUGGUACGCGAAAGCACUCGAUCUGCCGUGCUUCUUCCGUAGCGACGCGAAAGGUUCACGGGGCGGUGGCGUACUGCAAGGAUCAGCGUCCGAGUGUGCACUCGUUUGCAUGAUGGCGGCACGGGCCCGUGCCAUCAAAGAGCUCAAGGGAAAUCACGUCGAUGUGCACGACAGCGUCUAUCUGCCGCAGCUGGUCGCGUACGCCUCCAAGGAGGCACACUCAUCGAUCGAGAAGGCGGCCAAGAUGGCGAUCGUGAAGCUGCGCGCACUGGACACCGACAGCCGGGGCGUGUUCCGGGGCGAUACACUGCGCCAAGCGAUCCAGGAAGAUUUGGCCCAGGGUUUGACACCGUUCUUUGUGGUUGCGACCGUCGGCACCACGUCCGCAUGCGUCUUUGACAAUCUCGUCGAGAUCGGGCAGGUGUGUCGCGAGGUGCGCAGCAUCUGGUUCCACGUCGAUGGUGCGUAUGCGGGCAAUUCCUUCAUCCUGCCCGAGAUGCGCCGCUUCAAGGAGGGUCUGGAGUAUGCCGAUUCGUUCAACACCAACCCAAACAAGCUGCUGCUGACAAACUUCGACUGCUCGGCCAUGUGGGUGAAGGACGUCAAAUCCCUCACGACGGCACUGGCCGUCGAUCCGCUCUAUCUGCAGCAUGAUCAUAGCAGUGCCAUCGACUACCGGCAUUAUGGAAUUCCUCUCAGCAGACGCUUCCGGGCAUUGAAGUUGUGGUUCGUGUUCCGUUCGUACGGUAUCGUCGGGCUGCAGAAAUACAUUCGCAACCACAUAGCACUGGCCAAACGCUUCGAGUCACUGGUUAGCUCGGACGAUCGGUUUGAGGUGCGCAACGACGUAAACCUGGGACUCGUCUGUUUCCGACUAAAACAACAGGAUCGCAUCAACCGGGAUCUAUUGGCGAGAAUUAACCAGUCAGGCAAAUUCCACAUGACUCCCGCGAUGGUACGGGGCAAAUACAUCAUUCGUUUCUGUGUAACAUACGAACACGCGACCGAGGAGCAUAUAGAUUACGCAUGGGAGGAAAUUAAAAACUACGCCGAAGAAACGCUUACUGCCGAAUGUCCGGAAGACAUCACUGAACCUGUUCCAGCGACGAAAAAGCCUCCGAAGAAGCUUACCCGCAGCAUGUCCACGCGCUUCUCCUUCACGCGCAGUGUUUCACGGGAGAUCUUCGAACGACAAAACAGCCGCUCUCAACUUACGGAUGGAUGCACACCGAUCGUCAUCAUCGACACCGAUGACAUCCUGGAGAGUUUACAGCGCGCCUCGAGGAUGAACGGUGAGCGAAGUUCGAACGACACGUACGACACAGACAGCACGGACGAGGCCAGCAAUUGACUAAGCCGAGCAAACUCCUGUAUUUCCCGCACGUCCCCGCCCACUUCGUCCUCCUCUGCUGAUGAGUCUCCGGAUGGGGAGGCGACGGAAGGAAGUACGGGCACGACCAUCAACCGAUGCGAUUCGGUCAAGCGAUCAUGCGCUAAAGACAACGGGUACAGUCGGCUGCACGGACAACAGCCACAUGAACCGGAUCCGAGACCAACCAAGUCGAAAAGUUGCUCGAACAUUAAGCAGUUGUGAUAAACCGUGAUUCAAUCGGGAGCGGUCGCGCGGUUUGUGCCGCCAUCAGUUUUUGGCAAGCAUUUACCUUUUAUCGAUGACAUCGACAGAAGAUGCCUGGUACGGUAACCACACUGUACCGACUGAAAACAAGUAUUAUUUAUUUUAUACUAAACGCUAGGCAGAAUGUAGCAUUAGAAUCUUCCCAUCGCGGACCAGUUUAGCAUGUAAGUUGUAUUCCUUACUGACCAUGACGAAAUUAAUUUUCAACGGCGUGCCACUCGAAUAACGAAAAGUUCCCAGAAGAAAUCCCACGGCAUGCUUUACGCUACAAGUUUAGAUCUAAUGUAAUGUUUUGUGU